AUGGAUAAUUGCCAUAUUAAGGGCAGUAUUCCUAGAGAUAUAGGCAAUUUAAGCAACUUGAUCACUUUGGAGUUACAGAACAAUGAGUUGACUGGACCUAUUCUAGCUACAUUGGGAAGAUUGCAAAAGCUUCAAGGUCUUGAGAGUAGUAGAGUUAUCAAGAAAUCAAUUAGUAUCCCAACAACAAUUAGUGGUCUCAAAGAUAUAGCUAAUCUCUUGACGGAUAAUGAAUUAAUAAAAGGCUUAAUUCCUGAAUCUUUUGGUGCAUUGGGAAGCUUGGAAUUCUUGGAUCUUUCCUGUAACAAUUUGUCCAGAGAGAUUCCCAUGUCCUUCAAAGCACUAUCACACCUCAAAUAUCUGAAUGUUUCUUUCAAUAGACUACGAGGAAAAGUUCUUGUAGGAGGACCAUUUGUACACUUCUUUGCCGCAUCAUUUAUGUCAAAUGAUGGACUUUGUGGUGCUCUUCAAUUACAAAAAAACUCAUUACCACUAGCCACAUGGAGAAGAAUUUCUCAACAAGAACUUUUACAAGUGAUAGAAGGGUUCAGUGCAAACAACUUACUUGGUGGAAGGAGCUUUGGAUCAGUAUACCAAGGAACACUCUUUGAGGGAAUGAUUGUUGCAAUAAAAGUUUUCAACUUGGUAGUCGAAGGGGCAUUCAAGAGUUUUGAUACAAAGUGUGAGGUACUACGCAAUAUUCGUCAUCGGAAUCUUGUAAAAAUCAUCAGCACGUGUAGUAACAUCGACUUCGAAGCUUUUUUAUUGGAAUACAUGCCUAAUGGGAACCUAGAGAAUUGGUUGUAUUCUCAACACCGUUGUUUGAACAUCUUACAAAGGCUAAAUAUAAUGAUUGAUAUUACCUCAGCUCUGGAAUACCUUCAUUAUGGUUAUUCAACAUCUAUUGUUCAUUGUGAUUUGAAGCCCAACAAAAUCUUAUUAGAUGGAGAUAUGGUUGCACAUGUUGCUGAUUUUGGAAUUGCCAAACUAUUAGGUGAUGGGGAUUCUAUGAUGCGAACCGUGACUCUAGCUACUAUUGGGUAUAUGGCACUAGGUAAUGUUUUUAUCGUACAGCUAAAACUUGCAAGUCUAUCAUUCUAG